AUGUUACAUCUUUCUAUUACAACAGACAAAAAUGAAUUUCCAUAUCAGGUCCGUUAUCCUGCAAAAAUGGCUUUUGGAGAGUUUAAAAUUAAACUAGAAAUGGUAGUAGGUAUUUAUGCACAAGAUAUGAAACUUGAGUUGCAUUCACCUAAUGGAAAAUUUUGCUCAGAGUUGGUUGGAGAUGAUCGAACUUUGGAGGAGAUGGGUGUAAUUGAUAAUUCAAUCAUUCAUGUGCACGAUGUUUCACAGAAAUUGUCUUCAUUAAUUCCUCAGGAUUCAAAUACAUCAAAUGUUGAACAUUAUACAAUUCCUGAUGAGAAGUAUUCUGCUAGAAAAGGCAAUUUAUUUAUAUUUUAUUUUUUACAUUAUUUAUAUUUUAGAUACUGCUAG